UCUGUUCUGGACACCUCUUUGGCACAAAGACGAAACUGAAAAUGUCUCCAAACGUGACUUGUGAAGCUCUCCAGUCUUUUUGUCCCAGGCUAACUGUGGCUAAAAGAAAAGAGGCUCUUGAACUCAGAAAGACUAUGAAACCUCUGAUGGAAAAAAGAAGGCGCGCCCGCAUCAACGACAGCCUGAACCAUUUGAAAAACCUCAUCAUUCCCCUCACAGGCAGAGAUAAGACUCGCUACUCCAAGCUUGAGAAAGCCGACAUCCUGGAAAUGACUGUGAGGUUCCUCAGCGACAUCCCCCCUGUUAACACCAAAAAUUCUACAGCCGGUUACAAGGAAGGCUACACAGCCUGUCUCCAGCGCGUCUCCGCUCUGCUUCCCAAAACGAGCCUGGAUCAGGACGCGUGCCAGCGGGUGAAGGAGUUCGUCCAGCAGUCCACGUCAGCCACGUUCACCCCAUCCUGCAUGAACUGCUGCGCUCAGAGCACCAGGGCUUUCCCUCAGAUUCAACAAAGACUCCUGAGCCUAAAAUCCAGCUCCAGCUCCAGACUGGACAGCCAGUCCCGCAGCGGCGCAGUAGUUCCCAGCCGAGGGCAGCCAGGCCCGCAGGCUGUCAGCGCUGCCAUGUGGAGACCCUGGUAGAGACCGGGUCUCCCAAAAGCCUGUGGAAAGACUGUAAAGUGUUUCAUAUGUAUGCAACAUGUUGAGAUAGCAUCACUUGUAAAUAUGCAUAGUGAUUCAUCGCCUCGUUUCCGUUGAUGAGAAGCCAGA